AUGCCGUUUUCGGCGCUGCCUAACGAGCUGGUGCUUGACACAGCCUCGUACCUAGACGACGCAUCCCUGAGUAGCCUCUCUGAAGUCAGCUGGCGAUACUACAGCUUACUUGAAGGCGAGAUCUUUAAGCGUGCCAAUGCGGAUCGGCCAAAGUCUACUCCGUCCACGGAUGUCUCUAACGUUGAAUUGGUUCCAGCAAUCGAGUGGGCUGUCGCGAACGAAAAGGUACUUCUAGUGCGAUAUCUCUUAGAUCACGGCGUCACGGGUAUAAACGCCAAAAAAAAUACCUGGGAUAUCUUCUGCAUCGUGGCAAGCAAAGGAUACGCCCAUAUCGACAUUACUUCUCUUUUCGUCCAGAAGGCUGGCGGACUUGGCUGGCUGGAGCCCACAGACGCAACCCGGAUUCUCCAUAACAUCCUUCCAAACAUGUUCUAUGUCAAGAAUGCUCACCUAAAGCCGCCAGGGUAUUCUGCUGUUUCUGCACUGAAGAAGCAGGAUGGCGGAUAUGACAAGGACCAGGGGCGAAAUGUUCGACGACACGACCCCGAUGGCUCCAAGACCGUGAAGCUUAUUGAACAGCUUUUGCGGACAUACGAUGCAGACCCGACCAGAUACUCCGGCGAAAAGUCGCCUCAAUUUGGCUCUUUCCUUCAUCGAACCGCUGAUUACCGCAUCUUCGAGCUGCUCAUCGAUUACGGAGCGGAUCUCGAAUGGAGCUCUAGCCUCCGUUGGCCAAUCAUUCACCAUCUGAUCUCGGAAAACUACAAAGACGACAGCACCCUCGUCCGCGCGGUGUUGGAAGCAGGCGCGGAUCCAAAUCAACUCUGGCGUGAGUGGGGCGCUAAGAGUGGCGGCGCGCUGCCACUUGGCCUUGCCAUACGCAAGGGGCUGUUUAGGGUAGCUAAGACUUUGGUGAAAUAUGGGGCCUCCACCGAUGUGCGAUACACACCUUAUGGCUACCACAACAUUGAAACAACUCCUUUGGUUGAGACCAUUCUAUUCAGUAAUGCGACUGCUCAACUCGAGCCUCAAUCGAAGUUCAUUGAAGCCCUGUUGGAAGCUGGGACCGAUAUUAACGACCGUGCUAUAAUUCAUGGCCGUUACGUCCUGCCGCUAGACGCGGCCGUGAUGAACCCGAGAGGAUAUAAGGAUCGUGUGGCACUCAUCCACAUGCUACUUUCUCGUGGUGCGGAUCCCGAGAAGAAAAACAAAGACGGUCGCAAUCUCACCCAACGCAUCAUGCAAUGGAAGGAGAGUGAUCACGCGAUUCGGAUGAGCGUCCUUAUCCAGAUCGCGUUGGAUCUGAAGCUUCCUUCAUUGCUGCCUGGAGAGUACGUCUUGCACGCUGCCUCUGAGGCCUUAGCAGACACCCUGGAAACCUACAAAAUCAGCAACAGUCGGUACUCCCUAGAGCGUCUCAACCGCUCUACAUCCAGUCACGAAACGCUGAAGAAAGUAUGGGCAACCUUCCAGCUUGUCUUUAUGGCGUACAAACGUAUCGCCAAACCUGAUGACAGCGUCGCUUCUACCGUCCACGACUUCUGGGACAAGAACCAUGCUAGAAUAAAGCGGCUCUUGGGGACUGCUACUCCUGCUGCGGUGUUGCCACUUCAAUUUGGGUUCUAG